AUGGAGCGUCAUCAUCAGCUGGAAAUAAAAAGGAAACUUGAAAAUUCUGUGAGGAAGGAGAGGGUGCAGAAAAUCAAGGUGGAACAAUUGAGAAGAUCAGUGGAAGGUGCUAGCCCUAUGCGCUCCCCACAUCCACCACUUGGUCCAAGAAAUCGUUACAGGCUCAAUCCUUUAGUGGCUGGAGAACCAGCUGGUCAAUCGCAACUGAGGGCACCUGGACCUGUAGUUGAUUAUAAUGGUGGAAAUCCUUCUCAUCAACACCGAUCCAAGGAGCUUGCCUUUUCUAAGAUGACUUCCUGGCGACCAAAUACAGCUCCAGGAAAUAUGCAACACCCGCUUCGCCUCCAGCCACUUCGCAGCUGUGCUGCAGUAGGGUCUGUACCAAAGACUUCAAGCUCUAAACAAAAGUGCCACGCACUGGAAAAUGAUGAGCAGUUUGCCAGUGGGGGAGAGAGAAGUGGGUUAAGACUUAUGAAUUCAGUGGAAUAUGUGACUGGUAUAUCCCCAUAUCAACUCCCCGUCAUUAACAGUUAUGUGAUACCAGUGCCACCUCCCCCCCUGCAAAAAGGAGACAAGAAUGUAAACGCAGUGAGAAAUGGGAUGCCCAGAGGCAGACGAUUUCAUCCCACCGCUGCCCCAAAUGGCUUAGAGCAACUUUUAACAAAGAAUUCUGGAGGAUUCCCUAAGCCCUCGUUACGCAGCAACGCAUUUGUUACCAUGGUCUUUCUAGGGAAAAGUGUGCAUUUAUCUCAUGAUGAUGCUGAUUACAGAGAUGAAAUCAAAGUCUAUCAGCAGCAUUGUGGAGGAGAAAACCUUUGUGUCUACAAAGGCAAGCUGUUGGAAGGAGAGACCUUUCAGUUCGUCUCAAAGAGGCACCAUGGUUUCCCAUUCAGCCUCACCUUUUUUCUCAAUGGGAUUCAAGUGGACAGGUUGAGCUGUUGCUGUGAGUACAAACAUCAGAAGCGUUCCAGGCUGGGAGGCAGACAUGGAUACUUUGGCUUUCUCAAUGUGGAGGGAGCAUCUCCUUGCUACAGGUGCAUUAUUGCAAUGGGUCUGGACAAGAAGCCAUCCCCUCCCAAGAGAAAGAUGGAGGACCAUGAGGAAAAGCAUGUGGGUUCCUGGAGAGAUGGAGUGCGCAAUCAGCCAAGUAAAAGCAGUGUUGAGCAGAAAUCAAGCAAAGAUUCAGUGUUAGUCAUCUUACCAGGUCAUGAAGUGAGUGUGGAAACUAUUGAGGACAAAAUGGAGACCGGACAGGAGUACAGAAAAGAAGAAAGGAAAAAACUGUCUGAUCGUGAGAGUGAAGAUAGUCAGGAAGACACCGACGAUGAUUCUAGAGAAGAGUAUGAUGAAGAUUUUGAAGCAGAUGAAGUUAAUGAAGAGGGACAGACUGGUGAUCAAAUGAAUGGAAUGUCAAAGUCAUCCUCAGAUGAUAAAAAACAUAAUUUAGACUAUGAAAAGGAGAGUAGAAACUCAUCACAGAAGGCACUGCAGGCCUCUGACAGUGAAAAAGAUGAAAGUGAUGGAUAUUCUGACAGUGACUCAGAGGAUGAUAAACAAGAUAGGAGGCCUGCACACCCUCUCUCAUCCAUCAGUACUCAGUGUAGCAGUGAAGAUGACUCUCAUGCUGAAACGACGAAAGACAAUAUUAAGGGCAAAGAGGAGUAUCAUAUCAAAAGGGCAUCUGAUAAUGCAGCACAUGCACAAUAUAGAGAUGAGAACGGGGAGAAUAAACUGCUCAGAAUGGAGGAAAACCAGGAAACUUUUACACUGGAAAAGGAAGGAAUAGAUGAAGCAGAAAAGGUGAAACCAGAAGAUCUAACAGCAAGGGAAGAUACUGGAAUUUUUCAUAAAAAUGACAAUAUAAUGGCAAUACAGCAUCAAAGUCCUGAAGUUAAUGGGGAACUCAAGCAGGCUGGGUCAGUAGAAAGUAACACUGGGGAAGAUGGGGCGAAGAAUGCAAGUACCAGGACAGAUGAUGUGCAGGAAAGUCUUCUAGUGCCUUUGGAAAGCGAUAUGACAGAAGUGGAGGAUAGAAACGAAGCAUCUCCUCAGAGCAACAAAGAAGGUGUUUUUGAAGAUUGCAAACCAGUCCAGGAGGAAAUAGCAAAGGCAAUUGGAAAUGAUCAUCAUGUAGAUUCUGAACCUGAACCUAGUGAUUCCCGUGCAGAUGAGGAAGAAGAGAACAUAACAAGUACAGAGCAUGAUGCCAAUGAAGCACCAGAUGGAGCUUUCUUGGCAGAAGGAACAAGAACACUUGAUGCGCAGAAGGCAGCAGAACAAGUGGUACGAGAAGGGCAGAUGGCAGGGGAGAGACAAGCACUUGAGAAGGAAGAUUUUGUUGCUGAGGGAGGAGAUACUCGCACUGAAGAGGCAGGAGAAGAAAUGGCAUGGGCGGGAGAUUUGUUGCCCAAGGAAGACGCAGUGGCUGCGCUGCAGGCGGAGGGUCAGCGUGCAGUGGAGGAAUCUGCAUCUGAGGAGAGCGCCAUGGCAGAAGAUGAUCCCAAAGGAAAGGGGGCAGGGAAGGGAAUGGAGUCUGGCGCAGAGGUGGCAUCCAGGGAGCAGGAAGUUCUGAUGGAGGGGACGGAGAGUGAGGCAGUACUGGGAGAGCAGGCACGUGGGGGAGAUCAGCCGGCAGGGGCACUGCUGGGCAGGGAGGCAGACAGAGCAGUGUCUGAGGGGGAGGAGGUGGCUGGGGAGGUCUCUGAGGGAGAAGAGGCUGUGGAGGAGGCCUCUGAGGCAAAGGAGGCUGUGGGAGCAACAGGGCCUCUGGUGAAGGAGGUGGUGGGUGAGAUGGUGCCUGAGGCAGAGGAGGCCAUGGAGGAGGGAAGUUUUGCAGGGAGGGGUGUUGUGGUGGGUGCUGUGUCUGAGGGAGAGGAGGCUGUGGAGGAUGCCAGCUUGGCAGAAGAAGGGGUUGCCAGGGUAGUUGGCCCUGAAGGAGAAGAGUCUGUAGACGAAGCUGUUUCUGAAGGGGAGGAGGCUGUGGAGAAGCCUGAGGCUCUCCUGGAAACAUUAGGGGAUACGAGUGUUUGCACAGGAGAAGCGAUGCCUGGAGGAGAAGACUUUGUAAAGCCAAAUGAGUUUUCCCAGCUGAAAGCAUCAGGGGAAGAGCAGAUGGAGAUGGGGGAAGCUGCCAUAGGAGCAGCAACAUCUGAGACAGGCAAGGCAUCAGAGGUAGAAGGGAGCUCUCUCCUGAGAGCAGAGGACGCAGUGGACGGGUCUGUGGAGCCUGGCAAGGAUCCCACAUUGCAAGCAGCAAAACAAAGACAGAAGGUGCAAUGGAAGAAAAACCUGAUGGAGGAGUGA